UUCCUCUCCACCCCUCCUCCUUUUCUCCAUGCCACAGGGUGUCGAUGGCCCUGUGUGCUGCUUUCGGUGCCUCUCAAAUUUUAAUCUGUGACUUCAUCUAAACCAAAUUAGAGAAUGCGAAGUCUCCGCUACGUCCAGUGUGUGAGGAGACUUUGGAGUCCAGCACAAGUGAAAAACCUGCACAGAUCUGCAUACCAGCUCCAACAAAAACAGGUGAUGGAGGACAAACCAUGGGCUCUGAUCUCAGAGGUGGGCGAGCAAGGUUACAUUGAAGAUGUCACCGACAUAAUGACACAACACUUCAGGAUCAUCUCUCACAAAGACUUCCUGCAAAAUCCCCCGCUGCAUGCCCCAAAAAUCCAGGCCAUAUUCGUGUGGAACGCCUGCCCCCCAACCGAGCCCUCGCUGCUCACUUCUCUUCCAGCCCUGAAGGUGGUUGCCAACGGAGGGGUGGGCAUCGACCACCUGGAUGUGCCGUACAUCACCAGUCUCGGGGUGAAGGUGACCAACACGCCCGGUGUGGUCAGCGAUGCCACCGCAGAUAUGGCCAUGGGUCUGCUUCUGGCAUCGGCACGGAAGAUUGUUGAAGGUCAUCAAGUCUCUGUGGACCCAAAGACCACCCACAUACCACAAUGCCUGAUGGGAUAUGAAGUCACAGGCUCCACUCUGGGCAUCAUCGGGAUGGGAGACAUCGGACACAAAAUUGCUCGAAGAAGCAAAGGAUUUGACAUGAAGAUAUUGUAUCACAACAGGAGGAAAAGGAGUGUUGAGGAUGAGGAGGCCGUGGGGGCGACUUACUGUGAAAGCAUGGACGACCUGCUGAGGAGGUCGGACUUCGUGAUGCUGGCGGUCAACCUGACCCCUGAAACCACCAGCCUCAUCAGCCGCAGAGAGCUGAGCCUCAUGAAACCCACAGCAACACUGGUCAAUGUCAGCAGAGGUCUCGUCGUGGACCAGGAUGCUUUAGUCGAAGCUCUCCAGUCUGGAACGAUUCGAGCAGCCGCACUGGACGUGACUCAUCCUGAACCUUUACCAAGGCAUCAUCCUCUCCUCCGCCUUCCCAACGUGAUCAUCACCCCCCAUGUCGGGACCAACACAUACACCACAACGAAGAGGAUGGUGCAGAGGAUGGUGGACAACGCUCUGGCAGCAGUGAACGGCCAGUCAAUCCUCAAUGAAGUCAAACCCAAGUGAUGAGAUGUGUUUAACUGUCGGCAUUAGUAGAAAUAUUUGAUCUUUUCCUGUUUGGUGGCACAGUUUCUUGUUUAGUGACCUAUUGUAAUCACUGUGCUAACAUUACAACUAAUGUAUCUAAUGUAGCUAAUCAUCAAUAUCUUCUGUAAAGAAAUGGUGGAAAUGAUUUUUAAGUGAAGCUUUGAAGCAACUUUAUUUUGAUUUAAUGACUGUUACGUUAAAAUGUAAAGUUUAUAUACAGCAAAAAAAAAAAAGAGAAAAAUAAUAAAACUACCUCAAAU